AUGGAACCUCUUCGGCCUAUAGCUCCAGACCUGACACGAGGUGCUGUGGGAAAUCUAGGGCCUAUCCAAAAGCCCAAGAUUGCCCCAAAAAGGAAAACUGAACAAGCAUGUACUAAUUGUCGUAAACUUCGGCGAAAGUGCGAUGGGGCAAGUCCUGCCUGCCAGACCUGCUUAGAAAAUGGUCUAAAAUGUGGUUAUGAAGGCUAUGUUCGACCACCAGAACGAUUGACACUUGCCCGGGCAGUCAGGAGAAUAGCUAAGCUUGAAGAGCGCCUUCGGCUCUAUGAAGGGCUUGGACUGAACCGGACCUCUGCACAUGUGAUCCAGACUUUCGAAGGCGCUAGUCCACAAGAUGUAGAGGAACAGAGUGCAACGCUACCUGAAGAAGACGAUAUGGAUCAAGUACUUCGAGGUGUCAACCGUUUGACCAUAUCUAAAAAUCCAGAGUUCUACGGGGGAUCGUCUCUAAAUGCCAUCAUAAACGACGUAGAGGCGUCCGAAGAAGCAGAACCAUCACAAAACCCGGAAGACGCAUUAGUGUCAGCCGAUAACCACCUAUGGUCGGCUGAGGCGGACGAAUUGCGCUUCGCAGACAUGACAGAUUGGUUUCUGCCAUUGAAGCAAACUGCCGAUUGGUACGUAAAGACUUACUUCCGGACCUCACAUAACAUUUACCCUGUUGUGGAAAGACGGUCUUUCAUGCGGCGUUAUGAUGACUUCUGGUUGGGUCUUUCCACUGAAGGACACAUCUGGGUUGGAAUUAUGUACAUGGUCCUUGCAUUGGGCCAUCAAUCCAGUUUGGUCGACCCAGAUUCUACUACCAGAUAUCAAGCUCUCCAACGCACAGAUGGCGAGAUGUGUUUUCUGAUGGCAAGAUCAACAUUUGCCGACGUUCCCUUUCGUGGUGGCGACAUUUCUGCAGCCGUUAGCAUGUUCUUAGGCUUUGUAUGGCUCUACAAUCAACAGCGAUUUCACGAAUCGUACGCUAUUUUAGGUGCCGCGACCCGUGUUGGUUAUGCUAUCGGGCUGCAUCGAAAAACCAUUCAGGAGAAGAAUGAGGAACUUUCAGCUGUCAAGACGUUGUGGUGGAGUCUUUUCAUCUAUGAGACUGAGUUGGCAACGUGGUCAGGAAGACCCUGCGCUAUCCAGCCACACGAAAUGGACGUACAGCCAUUUACUCUUGAAACGUCGCCUGCCAGCCUGCAGUACAUUGAGGCCAUGCGACAAUUUUCCCACCUGACAUGGGACGCUUACGAGAAGGUCUAUGGUCUUCCCUUCAAAUACGCCACCCCAGAACAUCGAAUCGAGGCCCUGCGAACCCAUGAUCAAGGAUUUGAGACAUGGUACGAUAUGUGGGUACGUUCAGAUUUGUGGUCUCGAGAGCCAUACGGUCUGAUCCUCAGACUUCGUUACGGAAACAUACGGAUCCUGUUGUAUCGCGCCUUCCUCAAUUUGACCAUACUGAGGGUGAAGAAGAGGAAAGAAGUUCGAGACGAAUUGGUCUCGGUGGCGGCAACUUGCGUCCAGCUGGCGUUAUCAUUCGUCAAAACAACAACUGAAUCUGUCCAUGUUACAAGUAGCGGUAUAAUUCAAGCUGCCCUCUUUCAUGUUAUCGGGUACCUAUGGAAUGCUACGAUAACACUGCUCUUGUAUGCGAAGAACAAGUCAGCACAUGCGAUGCUUUCUGAGAAGGGGAUUCACUAUGAAGAUACAAUGAAGCACGUAAAGCUCGCGAUGGAUUUCUUCGACGUCCAUAAGUAUGGAUCUUCUACUGCACAGUCUGCAGUCUUGAAGACCGCGCGUCUUAUUGAUAAAAUUCAAGACAAUCACCAGCGCCCUCAGAGUAGCUCUCCGGAUUCAUCCAAUAACAUCGAUAUGUCAUUUGAGCCUUCAGAUCAACCAUUAGACUUCCUGUCACAAAUGAGUGAUCCUGGGCUCAUCUUUGCGGACCACUCCCUCCCGAAUAUUUUCUCACUCAGUCCGGACUCCACUUUGACACCAGAUGAGAAUCAACCAGCACUCGCAGGCGAAUGGAGGAAUGAAAACGAACACCUAAAUUUCUAUGGUUCUUUCGGGUGA